AUGCGGUACUUUCGUGCUUUAUGUGCCCGUAAGGACAUUGUCGAAUUCCUGGUGCGCAGGGGCCGACUGGCCGACAUUCAAAUGCUGAACUUCUUCUCCAUCCACCUAGAUCGCGAGAUCAGCGCCGCCACGGCCGCUGCGGCAGUGCCAAGAUCGACACCAGAGUCCGGCAGCGCGGGCAGUGGUGAAGAGUCAGUGCACCCCGCGAAGCAGGAUGAGAAGGCAGCGGUAGCAGCUGCGACGUCAGAUACGAAGAGCACGGAGGCUGCUGCGGCAGCGGAGGCGGGGGCGCAGCGCGUGCAGAAGCUCGAAGCGAGGAAGAAGGCGUGGAAGGCCUUCCGCGACCGCAGCGAUGUGGUUCGUCAACUUGCCACUAAGGAGGGCCCCAUGGCGUGGCUGAAGGAGGUGUACAGCGGCGAUGAUAAGUGGUCUUCAUAUUUCACAGCGGUGAGGGCCGUGGUGACGCACGCGGGUGGUGGUGCGCCGACAAAGCUAAAGGCGAGCGGCAUGGCCACUGCGGUCAGCAGCAGCUAUGCGCAGAUCGCAAAGAUGGCGGCCGGUAGCGAGGGAGGCCAGUGCCGUCAGCACGGCUCCACCUAUGCUACCCCCGCCGCACAUGCGCUGCCAAAGUCAAUCCGUGUGGUCCUUCGGCUGGAGGGCGGCAAAGGUGUCGCGCCGAAGUACGUCAUGGGCUCCGUGCCGCUCAAUCAGCCUGGUGCAGUGGAGCAGAGGAUUGUGAACGGCGUGUUGCAGGUGCGCCUCGACAACGCCGACGCUGUUCAGUGCGAGUCGCUGUCCGUAGAGAAUGUGACUAGCUACCAGCACGUGCUGGUCACCGUGGCUUACAGCGCCAUUCUGCGCAAGAUGGCGGAGAUUGGCGCGCUGCACGCCACGAACACAGUGCGCUACGACGGACUGCUGAUCCGAAACCCGGCGGUGCAGAUGCGAUUGGCACAACUCGCUUGCUUCCGCUACGGCAUCGACUGCUUAACGGACUACGUCGUGGGCGACCCAGAGGUGACCGACGGUGACGACGCCGCUGAGCCCUUCAGCAGCUUUUCGGAGCCGCUGCAGAUCCCCUUGAUGGAGUCCAUUAUGCUCAGAAUCUAUGCAGAGAACGCUCUGAUGGACGGCAUCGAUGGCAUGUGGGAGAUGGUACGGGACACCUCGCUCGUCGUGGCAGUGCCCCACCGCAGCAACCCAACCAAGAUAAUCGACUAUCCAUACAUUGCGGAGCUCUUCAACUCCCCCAAGUACCUCCUCACGUCCUCGAAUGGAACCAUGGCGGAGCAGUCGAUGGCCUUCCUGUACCCCCUAUUGGCGCAGUGUGGUUCCUCCGGCAGCCGCGCCGGCGGCUCUCGUACGGGCAUUGGUGGCAUGCUCGAAGGCUUGAUUGGGUUGACGGCCGGCCACAACUAUGGUAGCGUGCGUCUGGCGGCACCGCAUGUGAACCUGACGGGCUUGGCCAAGACGCUUGAGCUUGACGUUGCCAAGCUGCUGAACGUGAUCGCGACUGAGAAGAGCAAGUUGGAUCCAGGCUUCGUGAUCAGCGUGGCGCAGUACAUCUCCGAGAUACUGGCCAACCUCGCCGUCAUCUACCGCUGCACCGCGGCGUUGAACGUUGAUGAGGAGGGCCGCGGCCAUCGAGAGUGGUUACUGGCGCAGGCGUUUGGCGGCUCCUCGGCGGUGCGCCGUCAGCGAAUUCUGGAUGGCUACAUAAUGGCGCGUGCGGCGACGAGUGCGAUCAGGAAAAGCAGUAGCCUCGACAACUACUCGACGCACCCGAUUGAGCUGAUGAAUGCGUCUCCGCGGAAUGCGAAGGCAUCGUCGACGGAUAAGGCGGCGUCCACAUAA